AUGGCUUCCCAAACCCGAUAUGUCGACCGCGUGAUCCCCCAGGUCUCCUUGCGAGAUUUUGAAAAUCGCAUGGAUGAAAUCACUGCAGCACUGAUUCAUGCUGCUGAAAACGUGGGGUUUUUUACGCUGGUCGACCAUGGACUCUCAAAGGAGGAUAUCGACACCAUGUUCGCAACGUCCAAGAGCUUCUUCGAUCUUCCCGAUGAAACCAAAGCAACCGUACCCUGGAACUCCAACAACGUCGGCUGGGAAAAGAACUCGCAGAUCCGACCCUCAACCGGCCAGCCCGACCGCAAGGAGUCCUACCAGUUGCAAUUCGGCGAGAACAUGAAGGGAUUAUGGAUAGAAGACGAGCAUCUCCCGGGCUUCCAGGCCACCUCAGUCAACUUCAUGCACCGUGUGCAGGAGAUCUCCGAGCGGUUGAUGCGAUGCUUUGCGCGUGGGUUGGGAUUCCCCGACGACUUCUUUAUCGAAUGCCAUGGGAUCACCCGGCCAAACUCCCAAACCACUAUGCGACUUCUGCACUACUUUUCCCUGCCCGAGAUUUCCGACGGCAAGGAGUAUCACCGUGCUGGGGCACAUGCCGACUGGGAUUUCCUGACGCUACUUUUCCAGAAAGAAGGCCAAAGCGGGUUGGAAAUCUGCCCCGGGCGCGAGGUAGUCACCGAGUUUGGAAUUGGCGAUGAAUGGACCAAGGUAGAAGCUAAGACUGGAGAGAUCGUGUGCAAUAUCGGUGACCUACUCAUGUCUUGGUCGGACGACCGAUUCAAGUCGACCUUUCACCGUGUCAAGGCCCCCUGUGAGCAGGGUGACUUCUUUGGCGAUCGAUAUAGCAUCGCCUACUUCAACCAGCCAUGCAAGGAUUCUCUGAUUCAAGGGCCACGCAAGAAGUAUCCUAUGGUCACAGGCGCCCAGUUUACAGAGAAUGCGAUGAAGAGGAACUUCGCCGCCCUACAAGAGAAACUCAAGGCUGUCGCGGCUGCAUGA